AUGUUGCGAUACUCACAUUAUGUGGAGACGGAUACGCCACACGAGUCGUGGACUGGUGGGGUUACCACAGAGUAUUUGGUAUCUGAGUAUGCUGCAGGUACAUUGCCUGGCGAUCCUAAUGCUCCUGACUGGCGCUGUGAGUCUCGCUAUCCAAAGAAUGGACCCCGCUGCCUGAUGUGGAAGGACUCAAAAGCUAUUGUAUUUGCUAAGGGUCGCGGUUAUUAUCGGACUCCCAGUCUGUGUGCGCCACCUCGACUAUAUCGAUACAAACACAUGACUGGUAUGGAAAUAUCACCGCUUGAACAGUCGAGAAAUGCUGUCGAUUGCCUAAGCUGCAAGCUCGCAAAGCCUCAGCGCAUGUCCUACAAAAGUGUACAUCCCAGUCGAUCCAUAGUAUGCUGCAAAAAGCUUAUGACGGACGUGUGCUACUAUGGAGAGGUCUGGGACUGGAAAUGGUGCUGGUAA